AAAAUUACAAAAUUAGUAGAAAGGUUCAAGUUUUAAAAAAAUCAAAAUUUUUUUGUCAAAUGAUUUCGAAAUUUCAAAAUUUCAAAUCUUAUAUAAUGAGAUUUUCAUUAUUAUAGCAAAGAAUUAUUUGAGAAUUUCAUGGCGCAUGUUUAUUGAUAAUCCCGCAUGUUAGGUGAAGAAAUACAAAUGGUUGAUUUCAAAUAAAGUGACAAAUAUUGUUAUUUUAUCUUCGUAUUAAUCAUUUUAUGAUAUUAUUUUAAAAAGAAACAUAUACAAUUAUUUAAGAUGAGUGUAAUAUCUAGACAGAUGCCAAGUGUUAAAGAUGAAUCUGAAGCAGAAGGAGAAGAAAUGUCUCAUGAUAGCAAUGAAAGUAAUCAAAGUUCUGCGUCAUGUGAUAGUAGUGCAGAACACAGUGAUAGUGAUGAUUCUUCAGAAAUGGAUGAAGAUGAAUGUGAAAGACGACGUAAUGAAUGUAUGGAAAACUUAGUAGAUUUAGAAAGACAAUUUACACUUCUCAAAGAGCAACUUUAUCGUGAAAGAAUUACUCAAGUAGAUACAAAAUUAGGUGAAGUUCGAGUUGGAAAAUCUGAAGAAUAUUUAAUACCAUUAGAACGAUUAAAAGAAAAUAUGAAAACUAAGACAGAAGUAGCUGGAAUAUUAAAACAAUAUAGAUUACAAAAUAUACAGAAUAAAUUUUUAGCAGAAGAACAAGCUGCAUUGCAAAAUUUUGAAAGUGAAAAAGAAUUAAUUUGGGAUUGCAUUCAUAAUGAUUUACAAGAAAAAAUUCGUAGAUUAGAAGAAGAUAGAAAUAAUGUUGACAUUCAUGCAGAUUUAUGGUUAAAUUCUAAUGGUAGAAGACGCAGAAAUCACACUGAAAGAAGAAGAGCUGUUUCUGUUGCUGGGCCUUAUAUUGUUUAUAUGCUUAAUGAUGCAGACAUUCUUGAAGAUUGGGCAUUGAUAAAAAAAAGUUUAAGCAGUCGAAAAACUGAAAUAAUAUAAUGAUACAUCCAUUGAAUUCAUACAUUCAUAAUAAUACAUCCAUAUAAAUUCCUUUUUAAAAAAUAUAGCAAUCUUAAUGAUGUUAAUGUAUCGUUCUUUUAUAGAUAUAUAAGAUGUAUAAAAGAUAUUAGAACGAUCAUUAUCUUCAUUUAUUGGCACUUCUCUUACAUUUAUAAUGCAUAUAUAAAGUGCCUUUCUAUCAAACAUUUUGAUCUCUAUAGAUUUUAGUUGAUAAAAUUAUUUUAGUUGAAAAUACUGGUGCAAAUAGAAUAAUGGAAAAAUUUUAUGACAAAGUAUCUUUGUCUUUGAAAGCACAAUUCAUGAUAGACUAACAAAAUAUUAAUUAAUUGUAAAAAUAAUUGUUAAAUAUUUUUUACGAAUAUAAUAUUUUGUUAUAAAAUCAAUUUAAUGUAAAAAUUUAUUUAAAUAAUUUUAAGCUUAUUUAUAAUGAAUUCUGUAAAAUAUGUUUCUUGAAAAUCAUAAGUAUAAAUUUUAACUUUUAAUAUUAUAAUUUUUAAUCUAGGAUAUAUUUGUAAAAUUAUAAGUAAAAAAAUUAAUUUAAUUUUUAUCGAUUUGUCAUACAUGUACAAACUGUAAUAUAUUUGAAUAUAUUUCAUAUUUUUGAAUAAACUUAAAAAAAAUAAUGUUUAGUAAA